AUGUCCUCGCGUGGAACCCUCCGCACAAAAUUCUGCUCCAUCACCACGGCACCGCCAGAGGUGGCCACCAAGUAUCUACUGAAGAGUAACUGGAACUUGGAGCAGGCUGUCUCCGACUACUACAGUGGAGGUGCUAGCAGCACCGUCUCCGGCAACCUCAAGGCGUCUUUGGGUGCAGUGACGGCCAUAUUUGAUAAGUACAAGGAUCCCCAGUCGGAGAUCAUUCUGAUAGAUGGAACCUUGAGCUACCUAGAGGAUCUUGGGAUAGACCCCGAGGACUGCUUGAGUUUGACGUUGUCGUAUAUACUUAAUUCGCCGCAGACGGGCGAAUUUCAUCGGAAAGAUUUCGUAGAUUAUUGGACACAGGCGGGUGUUUCUUCCUUGACGGAGAUGAAGGAACACUUGCAGAACACGCACACACAACUAAUAGCGUCGCCAGAAACGUUUGUGAAACUCUACAACUAUGUAUUUGGGUUUGUCAAGGGUCCGGAUCGCCAGCUCAAAAUGAUAGAUGCUCAAGAUGCCAUUUCGUACUGGCGUCUACUCUUUGCCCAAUGUAGCUUUCUUACGAGUUGCUCGGAAAGAUUCGAGCAGUGGUACACGUUCGUGGAACAAUCGGGCCGAGGCAUCACCAAAGACUUGUGGGAAAUGUUCUUUAAGUUUCUGGUGGAUGUUUUGAGCACAGACCCCGUUCAUCUCUCGUCAUACGAUGAAAUGAGCGCCUGGCAUAGCAUGAUGGACGAGUAUGUUGAAUGGCUCGAAGACAACAACCUCCUAGAAGCCUCCGCAUAG